AGGAGGCGCAGGGAAGCGCCUCGCCCGCUGCAGGGCUGCGCGUGAACGUGUCUGGGCAACCCUUUGCGUACCCAGUCUUGGAACGCGAGCCCUGAGCGUUGCCGCUGUCUGGCAGGCGCGCAGAGGGGAGGUUCGGUCGCGCUGAAGAACGUGCCCGCAGGCGCAGUGCCUUGUAGAACCUGGGGUCGGUCGUCUUUUCCCCGAGAGACCCCGGCGGCUGCAUAUUGUUCUUGAGUCUAAGGGCAGGAGGAGGGUUCAAGAAGCCAGGAGAGCCCUUCGCACUGGGGAGGGGUGUCUGUGUGUACACACACAGACGUACAUAUCAUAAAGUGCGUGGCUCCGGCUGGCUCUCGGGGAAGGCAGCGAAAGCGCUUUGCAGAGUUCCGAAGAAGGAACCAGCCCAGGAUCAACAGGCAGCAGCUCAAGUCCUCAGAGAAUUAAACCCCUUCUUAGUUUUGUGACUCUUAUUUUCUGGAAUUAGACAGUCCCCAACGGCCAUGAACAACUACAGUGUUUCCUUGGUUGGUCCGGCCCCUUGGGGUUUCAGGCUCCAAGGUGGCAAAGACUUCAACAUGCCUCUGACUAUCUCUCGGUUGAGUGAUGGAGGCAAAGCAGCGAACGCAAAUGUGGGAAUAGGUGAUGUGGUUCUCAGUAUUGAUGGGAUAAGUGCUGAUGGCAUGACUCACCUGGAAGCACAAAACAAGAUCAAGACCUGUUCAGGCAAACUGACUAUGAAUCUGCAAAGAGCACCUGCAGCACCAAAACCUGACCCAGUCCCUGUGCAGCAGGUAGAGCCUAAGGAACUAGUUAAGCCUGUGCCCAUUGCAUCUGCAGUCGCGCCCAAAGUUUCACCCACAGCCAACAUGGCCUUCAAUAAAGCCCCAAGGCCAUUUGGGGCUAUGUCAUCCUCCAAGGUCACUUCCAUUCCAUCACCAUCGUCUGCCUUCACUCCAGCCCAUGCAAGUUUUUCAUCACGUGCUUCCCCUCCACCACUGGCUACUGUCACGCCUCCCCCAUUCACUGCCUCCGGACUGCAUGCAAAUGCCAAAUCUAAUACUGACCAGCGUUCACCUGUGCAGAGUGCUGCUAAGCCUGCAGUUAAUAUCCCGUGGCAGCCCACAUACAGUACAUCCUCGAACAGCCCUUUCAACGAAAAUGCCCAAGAGGUUGCAGAGGGGCAGCGAAGAGGAUUCAGAGAGAACCAGGGUGACAAUGAGCAGCAAAAUGGUAACCCUGAUGAGUUGAAAAACCCACCCAAACGUCCACCACGGAAGCAUGUUGUGUAUACAAAUACGGAAUUCUACCAUCCACCCACUCACAGCAACCACAGCAAGAAACGGUUGAUUGAAGAUACUGAGGAUUGGCACCCAAGGACAGGAACUACUCAGUCUCGUUCUUUCCGUAUUCUUGCACAGAUCACUGGCACUGAACACAUGAAAGAGCCAGAACCUGAGAAUGUAAAGAAGACAAAGGAAUGUCAAACAGAAAAUGGAGAGCUGAGCAUAUCUACAGAUCUCACUAAUGGAUUGGAGGCCCAGCAUUCCCAUUCAGUAGCUACUCAAACUUGUGUGAUACCUGAUGUGUCGGAACAGCCAUCAUUAUUAUCAGCUCAGAGGGCAGAAGCUACUUCAGCUAGUUCCACGAUAACAGAUCCAACUCUUCUUGUCACUAUUUCAUCUGCCAGACUUUCUGGACCUGAUCUCUCUGCUUCAUCUCACAGGAGAAAACUUUUUUUCAACAACCCACUGGAAGCCUUACCCAAGUGUGCACCUCAUCCACCUGCUGCAGUCCAUGUUUUAAGUCUUAGCAGCCAGGUAGCUACUGUGUCCAAAACAGCAUCUACUUACCUGAGGUCCAGUCAGAUCAAAACUGGUUCUCUACAACUGAGUGUUCCAGCUGCUGCAAAGUUAUGGGUAAAUGAAGCUGAUAAUAAAAAGAUCACACCUAAGAUGAAGUCAAUGACAACUCAAACGUCUGAGCCACUUGUGUUCCCAGUUACACCAAUGGAACCUAUGUUGACAGUCCAGCCUGCAAAAUCCAUAUCGGUGGCCUCACUUCCUGGAAGCUUCAACACUAGGAAAGUGCCGCUGGAAAAUCCAUUGAAAAGUUUUCCCAGAGUUCCUCCUACCCCCUCUAUUUUACAUCCUGAGGUGGCAUUUCUACAAGCUAGGAGUAGUGCUGCUGCUGCUGUGUCCACUGCUGUCGCUAUACGGGCCAGACUCUCCAAUCAUAGUACCUAUCGUGCGCUCUUGGAUGCCCUUCUCAUUACUCCUAUUAUUAAACCACCUCCUUUGGAAAACAUAAGGCCAUCAAGGAAAUCAACAAGUUCUUUGGAGAUGCAAAGGAAUCUGAGUGAUUCUCCGGAGCCAGCACAAUUUACUGCUUAUACUGCUGCCACAGUAAGGAGCAUGCCUGAAAGCCCAGAAAAUGGUGCAAAUAAACCUGUGUCUGCCAGUACUACAUCUGCUCCAGCCUUCAAGCCAACAGGACCUCAGUAUGCUAUCAAAACCUUGGGCUGGCAGCCUUCUAAUCAACCAGCUGGUGGAAGUGGAUGGACAGCAAACAGUAGUGCAAGACCUGGAGCAGCAGUGCCAAGUGAAAAAUCUACAGUGGCACCUCUAACAGAUGAAAACACUUUGGUUCAGAGAGCAGAGCAUAUUCCAGCAGGAAAAAGAACUCCAAUGUGUGCUCAAUGCAAUCAAGUAAUUAGAGGACCUUUUCUGGUGGCCUUGGGGAAGUCUUGGCACCCGGAGGAAUUUAAUUGUGCCCAUUGCAAAACCUCUAUGGCUUACAUUGGCUUCGUGGAAGAGAAAGGAGCUCUUUACUGUGAGGGCUGCUAUGAGAAGUUCUUUGCCCCUGAUUGCGCCCGAUGCCAGAGGAAGGUACUUGGGGAAGUGAUAAAUGCCUUGAAACAAACCUGGCAUGUUUCCUGCUUUGUGUGUGUGGCCUGCCACAAGCCUAUUCGCAACAAUGUUUUCCAUUUGGAAGAUGGUGAUCCCUACUGUGAGACCGAUUACUAUGCCCUUUUUGGUACAAUGUGUCAUGGCUGUGAAUUCCCCAUCGAAGCGGGAGACAGGUUCCUGGAAGCCUUGGGCCACACAUGGCAUGAUACCUGCUUUGUGUGCUCGGUAUGCUGUGAGAGCUUGGAAGGCCAGACUUUCUUCUCCAAGAAGGACAAACCCUUGUGCAAGAAACAUGCCCACUCUGUGAACAUCUGAAGCACUGAAAGUUACUAAAACAAACAUGAUGACAGGAAAAUAAAGUUGUUGGGUGUUUGGUUUUCCGUAGGCAUGCUAAAGUAUUUAUGUAGAGUUUUUCAAUUGUAGAAGUGGAGAUAUGCAGGCGGGGGAGCAUAGGGCUUUUCAUGUAAUAAAACAAGGAAUAUUUAGAGUGACCUAUAGUAGUACUGUCAGAUAAAGGAAGGUGGACAAUUAUCUUUUCAUAAGAGAGAACCUCUGUGAUUGUGUUUUCCCCCCAAAUGGUGGUAAUUAUCUCAGUUGCACAAAUUAUAGCUGAAUUUGUAUUUAAUACUACAGUUGGUGGUAUUGACACUUAAUUUUGUUGCCUCUUCUCAGGUAGAGGAGAAAUAAAGGAGGAUUCCACCAUGAAUAAUUAAUCAAUCUAACUUAUGUGUAUUAUGCUUUUCAAAAAUAUAAGUGCUGCAAUGUGAAGCAAUUAUUUGGCAUAAAAGCAAGUAUUCAUGUUAUAAGUGAUUAGGGAAUUUGAAAUAGAGCAGUAUUUAAUUCUGUUAACCCACAUUUAUGUAGAGAUUUGCCUUUUUGCAUUCAAUUUUUUGUUCUCAAACAAUGCAGAGAAAAGAAACCACAAUUGUAUACAUCCGGAAAAGAGAUAAUCGUGCACACAAACACACACAAAAACUUGUGCAAGCAUUCAGAAAGAACAGACAAGUUAACUACUCCUGAAAUUUACCAACUAGAGCUGUGAUAAAUCUGAGGGAUAUAGAGAGGAACCCAACCCAGAUUUUUUUUUUUUGUGUGUGUGUGUGUGUGUGUACUUCUUUGUGCAUAAUUUAGCACUUCACUUUGGUGUGAGGGAGACAAAAGGGAAGGGUAGGGGACAAAACAAGGUUGGCUUCCUUGAAUGAAAAAGCCACACUGCAUUAUUGCACAGUAGAGCAAGAAGAUACAAGGAAGAUCAUUUUUCCUCCACUGUGGUUUUACAGUUAGCUGCUUUUAUUGGGUUGUAAUCAAACCUUGCCCCUUACACUAUCUAGUGGUUGCACAAUGGGAAGAUGGAAUUUUACCAAUUCUAACUUUUCUAGCCUCUUGUGCCCAUGCACGCACACAUACACCAAACCUUCUUCUGAGAGGCUCCCAACAAGAGGAUCCAAGUCUCAGGGGCUAGGUAAGGGGAAAGAGAGAACAGGAAAUAAGUGAAGAUUACACGCACACGCACCCCUUGCACAAGCUUUGAUAGCACAAGCUCAUGCUAAGCAACACUUAAUACAGCUCUGUUAUAUAUAACCAUUGUGAAUGAUUUUGUUUUGCCAUUUUAAUACACAGUGCCUGCCUGCCUUAUUCUGUAUAUAUGUAUUAGUUUUAUUUCUUCAUAUCAAUCUCUGUUUCAGUAGAGAUAGGAAGAUUAUAUGGUUAGAGAAUGAAAAGUACGUAAGGGACUGCUCACUUUGAGAGAGGAGAGAAGGGGAAACGAUACUGUUAAUAUUUCUUCUAUAAAUCUUUCUUUUAAAAACAGUAUUCCAUCCUAAGAUAAAAUUAAGAAUCCCCAUAUGGGCAAACAAGUAACACAAUCUAAGCAAGAGUCCAAAGUGCAUGCAUUUUAUAUGAUCUAUAGGUGGAGUAAAUGUGACUCAGUGGAAUCUAUGCUGGAGACAAGGCAGCUGUGACCAUUCACAAAAUGCUUAACUAAAACAAUCCUUCCCAGGUGAGAGUGCUGUAACACUGACAGGUGCCUACCCAUUGCUGUGGGGAUCCCCACAAUGCACCACGCAGUGCAUUGUUGGACUUCUGGGGCUGGGACCCCAACGUCCUGGCCUCCAAACCUCUGUGCUGCCUGGGGCGGCUGGUGACCAUCUGGGCGCGCAAUGAACAUGCACAGAAAGGACUCAGGAAUUGUCUGCAGGGAGGAUAGGUUUAAGCAGCCUUUCCCGCUGCCCGCCCACUUGCUUGCCCUGAGAACGAGCUUGUUGUGUCAAAUAGUGAUGACCUCCGAGACACGAGACUGAAGGUUAUGAAAUAUUCAGUUUUCCAGUGCAUACACUCCAUUGAAGUGUAUAUAAAGUAUAUGUACUCCAGCCUUCAAACUUCAGAAGCAUGAAAUUUAUGUUGUGUUUACAAUAUAGCACUUAACAGAUUUGGCCACCGUUGACUUGCAAAUGGCCCUAUGCCAUUUCAUAUCUGUACACUUGGCAUCCACUUCCCCAGAAAACCUUGAUGUCAGGAGAUUCUCUAAGCCAGAGGUAGGCAGCCUUGGCUCUCCAGCUGUUGUUGAAGUACAACUCCCCAUCAUUCUGAGCUACAAUAAAUUGUGGCUUUGAAUGAUGGAAGUUGUAGUUCAACAACAGCUGGAGAGCCAGUGUUGGCUACCCUUGUACUGCUCUAAGCUGUAUGAUACGCCAUGUUUCCUACAGCUCUGCCUGCUUCUCAUGACAAACCCCACUCAUUAUCCUAGUCCAGUGGUUCCCAACCUGGGGGCAUCCAGAUGUUGCUAACUGUAACUCCCACCAGCCCCAGCUGCAAUUUAUUGUGGCUGGGGAUGAUGGGAGUUGUAGUUUAGCAACAGUGUAGCUAUCUGUGAUGGUGAGAAUUUUUACCCAUAGCCUAGGCUUUGAUACAGGUAUGAAAUUGUGGAAAAAUUCUCCUUGCAACUUGGCAGGAAAAAGUAGAUGACCAACUUGCCAACUGGCUGCAUACAUACUUGCCACUGGCUUUUUAGGGGAAAGUUGCCACCUAGUAAAUGGUUGACUCUGUUCACCUGAAUUCUGUUGUAAAUGAAUAAAGACCAAAAGCAUAGCAUGUACAACCAUUUACUCUAUUAAUCUGAUACAUGUAGUGAAUUCUGCAAAGCAAGUACAGUCAUCCCAGAAACUCAUCUAAAGUUGGAAUUUUGUAGUGGUCUUUGGUAUCUAAAGUUGGGAUUUCAUAGUAGUUUUUGGUAGAGUUAAAAUACUAUACCAUGCAUCUUUUAGAGUUGGCCAAGACCUUCGCAGGACACUCUAAUGCAACGUUGUAUAUUUCAUGGAAUAUUUAUUUUGGGAUGCUAGGAAGAAUAUUCCUCAUUUCAAUACACCUGGAAUUAAAAUGGACAUUUUAUUUUCUUGAUGUUUCAUGUACUUGGAAAGCAAUAGCAGGAAAAGCACUUUUAAAAGCUAGCCACCCAAAAUCUAUCUGAUGGUCCAGGGGCGGGAGAAUUUAUUUUUUCAGUUCUUAGUUUAUUUACUUCUAGACUCUUUUAGAUGUGUUGUUUUCAUUACCUACUAGGGAUGUGCAUGGGACUGGCAACUUCCAGUUCAAAGGGGGGGGGGAUAGCUCUGAGGACUGGGGAGGGUGCUCUUACCCACCCAUCCCUGCCACAGACAAUUCCCCCACCGGUGCUUUGUGCAAAAUUGGCCCCGUGGGGCUGCAGUAUACCUCCUUGCCACCCCGGUGCGUCGCAGACUGGAAGUGCUCGGUGCGCGUAUGCACAUUGCGGCAUUGCAGGGGUGGGGGUAAGAGCACCCUCCCCAGUCCCUAAAGUUACCCCCACUUCAAAUUGGCAGUUGCCAGUUCCAUACACACCUCUAGUAGGUUAAAGGGCCUCCAAACCAGUUCCAUGCACAUCCCGAUUACCUACACUACAGUAUAGUAAAAAAAAACCACUCACCAAUAGUUCACCGGGAAAUUUACAACAUGCAAAAAAUAAUGUUCAAAGUGAGUUUGACCUUAGUAGGCAACACUUACAAUUUAAACGGUAUUCGCAAAUAUCCUAGCAGUACUUAUAAAGAACAGCAAGUAAGAUACCUGGGAGAAUUGUGUGUGCAUGUGUGUGUUUGGAACAGUUUGCUUAGCAAAUUGGCUGCUUGUGUAAGAACGCAGAGUUGAAAUCAAACUGGGCAGCAGGCAUUUUUGAAGGUGUGAAAUCAAGCUGUGUUGAUAAAUUUUUGCAUGUUAAAUGUCUACAUCAUUCUUUGUAAAUAUAAUAUUUAAAGUUUCAUUGGUACAAGACCUAAAGCACAAACUGGAAAUUGCUGCACUUCUGCAUUUUUCUCUUUAGUAUUUUUAAAGAAUGAUGUGAUGGCAUUCAGAAGCAAGAGGAAAGGCCUCUGACGAACCCAAAUAAUGGUUUUGAACCUUGUUUCACUUCAGUCAACCGAUUAUGGGAAUUCGUAUGCUUGCUUUGAUUUUCUUCUUGGCCUCCACAUUGCGUUUUUCUUUCUCCUUUUGCCUGUUGUUUAAAUACACAACUGUUCUUCUGUUGUCAGUCUUGGCUCUGGAUCCAGUUGUUACAAAAGCACAAUCAGCAACCUGAUAUGAUGUAUGCAUAAAUAAAAAAUGCCUGUGGAAUUGCAA